UUCAUUCAUAAGAGCCGGAGCAACAGAGCCCGCUUAUUCAUCCUCUGUUUCUUCGCUGCUGACAUGCAGUCUUUCUUGUCUCCAUUUAACAAGGCGAUCUUAGUGGCUUUGUUUAUUUUUGCCAUCUUACUCAUUCUUUAUGUAAUACUAUGGUAUAUAUGCCGAGACGUGGAUUGUGACCACGGUAUCUGACGCUUGUCGUGAGAAAAGCAGACGAUACCCWGACUUUGGCUUAUACGGAGACGCGCCAGGGUGACCCUUUGUUUUGCCCAAACAAAAUGGAAGGGUUGCCAUAGUGACGGGGGGUGCCCGAGGAAUGGGUUAUGAGACUGCAAGACACCUGGCAAACCUUGGCAUGCAUGUGGUUAUAGCUGGGAACUCUGAAGAGGAAGGCCUGCGAGCUGUGAAGAAGAUCCACGAAGAGGGCAGCGAGGGGAAAGUGGAGUUUCUGUUCCUGGACCUGUGUUCCCUAAAGUCGGUACGGCAGUUUGUCCAAAGGUUUAAAGCCAGGGCUCUACCACUUCACGUCCUUGUGAACAAUGCCGGCAUCAUGCUGGUUCCAGAGGGAAAGACAGAGGACGGUUUCGAGCUGCACUUUGGUCUGAACUAUCUGGGACACUUCCUGUUGACAAACCUCCUCCUGGACAAAUUGAAGAGGUCUGGGAGACACGAUGCCUGCUCCCGCGUCGUCACCAUGUCCUCCGCCACACACUACGUUGGAAGACUCAAUAUGGAAGACCUACAGGGCAGGUCCUGCUACAGUGCACAUGGUGCCUACUCUCAGAGUAAACUGGCUCUGGUUCUCUUCACAUACCAUCUGCAGGAGAAGUUAACAGCAGCAGGGUUCCCAGUAACAUCCAACGCAGUAGACCCAGGCAUGGUGGACACUGACCUGUACAACAACCUCUGCAUUCCAGCCCAGGCAGCCAAGAAACCUGUUGCCAAAAUGCUGUUUAGGACCCCAGCCGAGGGAGCGUCUACAGCUAUCCUGGCUGCCACUGCGUCUCAGCUGGAGGGGGUCGGAGGCUGCUACUUCUAUAACGGGGAGAGAGCUGAAUCCGCUGACAUUACUUACGAUCACAACGUGAGGGCUGAGCUGUGGAAACAGAGCUGUGCGCUGGUUGGUCUUCAGGAGGCCUAGAGGYGGAACCAGGAACCAUGAUCUUAGAAAUAUGCCAAGAUCAACGGCAUGACACCUCCCUCCAGCGUCAACAACAACCAAGCUGCGUCCCAAUUCUCAARCCUUCCCUUCGGCCCUAAGUGUGCACUUGUUCCCUUCCCUUCAUGGAUCUUAAAGCACUGCUAUAGGAAAUAUGGUAGCAACUUCCUCUAGCCUAGGCUGACACCAAUCCAAUGCUUUUAAAUUCAUGGGGAGGAGAGCACAAGUGCGUACUUUAGUAGUAUCGGGAUACAGCCCAAGUCAGCCCCAGCCAGCACUAUAUAGAGCAACAGCCUGUGGACUUAGGCUUCCUGAUUACUUAGCAACAUCUAACUACAGCAAAAACUUUGGUUGUUGCCUCUACUGUAACUGUCCUCUCUUGACCUCUGUCCUCAUAGUACUGCAUAACACAUCAGCAUUGGAAUCAACUCUCCAGCAUAUCAUAUCUUCUAACAUAUCUURUCCUCCGCAAAGACAGUUCUGAAGACAUCCAUUCUACCAUGCGACAAGCACUAUUAAACACAUGCUGAACUGCA